CGAAUAUCUUAUGAACUUAGAAAAGCAUGCAAAAGCACUUAUUGAAUAUCCUGCAAGCUCUGAUGAUGAUGAUUAUCCCAAUUAUAAAAUGAAGGCCUUAAAAUAUAGAAAAGAUUAUCAUGAAUCAUAUGAUAAAAUUUAAAAACUUAAGCUAGAAAAUUAAGACAAUGUAAUUAUUAUUAUAAAAUUAGAAAUAAAUGAUAUCUGGUUUGCUAGAAGAUUUAGAAAAUUAUAGAAAGAGAGUGAAAACAUUGGAUUAACAAUUAUUGAAUUAAAAAUAAUUAACUCAAGAUUCAUAAGAACAAUUAAGAAGAGUCAAAUAGUAAAAAUAGGAGGAAAGGUUGUUAAUGGAAUAAAAAUAAUUUUAGGAAAAACUAACUUUGCAAACCAAUAAUGCAAUAGAGAAAUUAAGAUAACAUUUUGACUAAACCUUAUAAUAAUUAACCCCUAAAACUGAUAAUAGAAGAUGA